AACGGAUUAAUUAUUGGAAAUGACUGAGAGAAAGCAUGGGCAGGUGAUAAUUACCUGCAGCUAAACUCAUCUUGUUUGAGAGAUUCCUACAAUCAAUAUCAGCGAGCAUUGUUUGAAAGGAGUGUAAGGUUUCAAGUUGAACGUGUAUUACUCGCAGUAGACAAUGACGUCCUUUGUGCUAACUGAUGAGGGUGGGGCAACCAUGCAGUUAGUGGACAUCGAUGGUUAUAAAAUCUGUAACUUCUACAACAGUGCGGAGGAGGAGGGUGAAUUGGUCAGGGCAUUGAAGACAUUUGAAUGCAGGGAUGAUGAUGUCUUCAUUCUAGCCCCAAUGAAAUCAGGAACACACUGGGUAUGGGAAAUUGCAAGCAUGCUGCUGCAGGGAAAAGCUGAGACAAUACCAAAGAGAAAGUCGAAAAACAUGCUUGAAAACGUUCCACAAAACGAGCUUAACGACAUCCCCUCACCUAGGAUUCUUAACUCGCAUUUAGACUUUAAAUUUUUGCCGGAACAGCUUUUUGAGAAGAAAUGUAAAAUUAUUCAUAUUUUGAGAAACCCUAAAGAUAUGGCGGUGUCCUUCUACAAUCAUGUCAAGGGAAUCACAUGCUACGCCUACGAUGGGGAAUGGCAACAUUACUUGAAGUUGUUUCUAGAAGAGAAAUUGGAAUAUGGCUCUUGGUUUGGUAACGUUUUGUCAUGGGAGACAUUUGUAAAGGCGAACCCAUCGUAUCCUGUCCAUGUUAUUUACUAUGAAGAACUCCAGAAGAAUAAUGUCAGUGAAAUUGAAAGACUCGCGAAGUUCCUUGGAGUAGACUUUAACGAUCAACUAGUGAAUAUGGUCUCAGAAAAAUGUCAAUUUUCAAAUAUGUCAAAGGACAAACUGGUAUCUGACGAUUUACGAAAACUGCUUUACAAAGGAAACUUCACCAUGUAUCGGAAAGGAGCUGUAGGCGAUUGGAAGAACUGGUUCACUGUAGCUCAAAACGAAGAGUUUGAUCGAGUUUACAACCAGAAAAUGAAACAUUCGGCGUUAUCGUUUCAAUACACAAUCUGAUAGCAACUGUGCCCUACGUUUCCUACCAGCGUUUAAUCACCAGAUACUAUCACAUUCAGAAUUAUCGUUUCGAUGUACCGUCUGGAUACAACUUUUUGCUUUAAUCAUUGAUUAAAUGCUGGAAAAAACAAAUGUUCGAACAAUGCCAUCUUCGAUCUAUAGUUUUACCUAGGGGAUAUAUACCUACGUAUACUCCUUACGUGUAUCAUUAUAUAAUAACUGUUUGUGAAAAUAAAUAACCAUAAUUCGUU